AGCCACGGCCGAUUUGUGGAAGCGGAACUCUGGUAAUGAGGGUGUCAAAUUGCAGAAGUGAUCUCACAACGCGGAACUAGUCCUGAUAAGCUGCUGGGAGCAGCCAGGGAUCAGAUCUAACACCGCCGCACCCCAGGCGGUGUUUCAGGGAGCCGCCCCUCGUUACCAAGGUACAAAUCCACUUGGCUUUGCUUCAAAACCUCAGCCACAGCAGAAUGUUUAAAAAACUCACUAAAUUCAUCGUAAAGCAAAUGGAUCCAAAGAAGGAAAUGGUCCCUGUGGAGAGCAUCGCACACAAUGAGCACUUCAGGCCCCUCUGUCUACUGAUAAAAAAAAGAAAAUCCAGCCGCAUAUUCCACCGAGCUCCCUACUACCAGCGCACAGGGUUCACACUGGAUGAUGUGCUGCUGCCAGGACAAGAUGGUACACUCAUAGAGUUCAUCCAUCAAGAUUCCAGCCGAUUUAUUCUCACACAAGUCAGUGCUGACCAAGCUGAUGGAGGUCUCAGCAUUUCAUUUGACCCUGCAAGUGCAGGGCUGCAAGGAGCUGCCUCCUUGUCCAAGGCAUUUUAUAUCAUAGCACAGAAGAAGAGCGUAUCACUGGAAUUACUGGAGGCACUGAGAAGAGAAAGGAAAAUCAACAUGGAUCAUUCCUUCAUCCAACAGCUACAGAGAACAGGCAGCAGUCUACACGUGGUCACUGAAAUCUUCGAAGCGUCAGAGGAGGCCAUCUACAAGGAAUCCACCAAGGCAGGCGGGGGCUUCAUGGCCAAGUUUUAUGCCACAUUCUUUGCAAAGGGCACCAGAGAGAACAACCAAGGCAUAGUCAUACCCAAGGGCUGCACCCUGGUCUUCAGGACCAUCCAGCUGCACGUUAAAGAUGGAGCAUGGGAUCUGAGUUAUAUACGAAGAGGACACUAUAUAAUUGCAUCUUAUGAAGGUCCCUCCCUAGGAAAUUUAGGAGUAGUGGUGACAGAACUUGAAAACUCCUGCCGAAUUUUCUCCGAGCUGUCUUCUGACCAGCAGCUCAUAAUCUUAAACACCAUCAAAGCCGUGAUGGGAGACAAGAACCUCCUUCAAGAGCUCAGCCAGACAAUGGAAGAUAUUCCUGAGCAAAAUGAUGGUUAUGAGCUGAAAACUGAGAGCCCAGACUUGCAAGCCCUGUUCAGCACUUUACAACGUUCUCCAAGAGAUUGUCUCCUUCUGCUGGCAGAGGGAAUCACCUACGUCCUCGAUGCUCUGCAUGAGUUAAUGGAGGAUCAGCUGGUGCGGCUGCUGAAAUCCUUGGAAAGGAAGAUUGUGUCGCAACAGCUGAAGCUGGUUGCAGACCUACUGAAACAUGACCUGGAGUUUCGGAUGCAGCAUUUCCAUGUGGAUACCAGGCUGCUCUCCUUCCCACACGAAGAGGAACAGAGGUUAACCAUGGCCCUGGUGGAGCUGAGUGGAGUGCAGCUCCAGGAAGAUGGAUCAGCUGUCCCUAGGCAUCAACCCUUCGAGGCCGUGGCAGCCCUCUUUGUGGCCCUGUACACCCUCAACCUCCUGAGUGGCUCCGAGUAGGAGGCACCUGGCCCUGCUCAGGGAAACCCUCGGUAAAGGGUUGGGAAAUCUCUGCUGAUGAGACAGGUUCCUCUCCCAAUAUCAUCCUUGUUGGUGCUCAAGGCUGCUUGGCUGCUUUGGCUGCAAAAAGCCAAUUUAAAGCUAGAAAAAUCAAUUAUGGAUGCUAAAGGCUGGAAUUCACAGGGGAUUUGUGUGUUUGUCUCCUCAAGAAUAUUGAAGGACAACAGCAAAAUCCCCAAGCCCAAAUAAUCACACGCCUGGCAUCGGUGCCUCAUGUAAUCCUGCUUCCCUCACAAUGCUGCUGCUGCUUCUGCAAUCUGAAACUGGGAAAGGGAAGGGCAAAGGGAAUGGACAGUGGAAGGGAAUGCAGGGGGAAAGGGGAGAGGCAGGGGAAAGGGAAAGAACAUACAAAGGCAAAAAUGAAAUGUAAAGGAAAAGGGAGGAAAUGCAAAGGAAACAAAAGCCAAAGGAAAACAUCAGCAGUGAUUGACCCUGGACCCUCUCUGGUUCAGGGGGGUUCCAUUAAGUGCUGGGUGUAGGAAGUGGGGGGAUCCUAAAGGUUUCACUGACACCUCCCUGGUCCCAUCUCCCCAGGAUGCCCAAGAGACACGGGCAGCACUUCAGAGAAACACUAAAAAUACUGGUAUUAUCACUUUAUAAAUAAAGAACAGCUUCUUGCUAAGCUAUUGGGUGCUUUCAAAGACAGUUUCUUAAUUUUGUGUCUUUUUGGUUCCAUGGCACAUCUGACAACCUCAGGACUGAGACUGUACCAGAAAUAAAGGCCCUUGCUGUGGAUACAGGAGUCUCAUGUAGAGAACUUUCUAAAAUAAAGCGUGAAUAUUUUGAUUA